AUGUCGGUAGGAGUGCCUAAGUGGUCGAUUGAAGAAUAUUUGAUGUUCUUUAGGCACUGCACCAAGAGGAGGACUUACCCUUCGUUCCAGCCUGGAUACAGGCAGUUUGAGAAGGAACCAGAAGAAGAAGCUGCUAGGACAGAUUUCAGGAAGAAGUUCCUGAGCGUGACUCUACCUAGGGAUCUGCCCUUUGGAGGUGGGAAGCCCACAGAUUCAUGGUGCAGACCAUUAAGGACAUUAAUGCUCAAGUCAUUGAAGAAUAUUGGAGGCCAGGCUCUCCAUGCCGGAAAAGUGAUUGUUGAAAGUCCUUCUCCUCCUCCUACUAGGUCGAAUAGACUUAGGAAGAGGACUGUGAUGGAGUAUGUGGCCACAGAACCUACAACAACUCCUACAACGACCUCUGGUACUGAUGAAGAAUUGAGAGAGGCCCUUGAAGAUGUUGAGCAAGAGAAAGAGGUCAUGGAAGGACCUCAAGAGAAAACCAGAGAAGUGGACGAAGAGGAGAUCCCUGCUAAGGUGAUUACACAGAAGGUAGAGUUGACGAGCUCUGAACUAGCCCUAUUUGAUGACGUGGAUGCAGAGCACUCCACUACUGUUCCAGAGCCUGAAGCGGAGCAGGUAAAAGAGAUCAGAACUGCUGGGACUAUGGUUAUGAUGACUAGUCCUCUCAAGCCUCCUAUUGUAGCCAUGCCUAUCCAUUCUCUUUCAGGUUCAUCUACCACGGCCUCUUUUGCUGAUCCAUAA